ACCCAACCUGCUUAUAGCUGGUCGGAACCCCCUCCCCCAGACAAGUCGCUUUAUUCUCUGGGGUUCCUCGGUCUUUCCGCUUUUCGUUCAAACAGUCACUCGUUUAAGACAGUCAUUUAUUCAAAGCAGUCAUUCUUUUUCAUAUCACAACCAAGAUGCGUGGCUCCAAGAUCGCCCAAGUGAUGGCCCUGGGACUGGCCUCGGCCACGUUAACAACAGCAGCAGCAGACGAUGCGUCUUAUGACGCUUCGCUGAACUUCCGACCGGGUAAUGUGACUUUCAGCGAUCUGUAUCAUUGGGUUGGAUCAUAUUAUAAUGGUUCCACGACGAUCGAGAUCAAGUCCUUUGGUGGAAUCGCUGCGCAGGAAGAAGGGACCGAGGACACGACCUGGUGCCCGAACUUGAAGGGAAACACCUACAGCAGCAAGUUUGAUACAAUCCUUGGACUCACAGAGCGGGGCAAAUACAAUGCUGGCAGCAACCCCCUCAACGUUGUCCUGACCUUGUGGGACCCGGACUUCAAUUUCAGUGUGUUGAACGCAAGUGAAGAAAUUACGGAUCUACCGUGGGACUGGGCGCUUUUCUCUUCGUUGCCUCUAGAUUCCUACAAUGGCUCUUUCACGGAACCGGAUCUCUUCGACCUCACACUCACCGAGACCGGAAAGGCACCCUACAACGUUUCGAGUACCUUCACCCAAUAUGGCAGCGAAAGCACGUUCGAUACAACUUACCCGAUUGUGUUCAAUAUGACAUCCUGCAAUGGAACCCAGGCCAUUGAUUGGUCUGCAUACAUGAUCUCCAACUACUACUGGCCAAGCAUGGGAUCCAAUUUUUCGUAUCCAGACCCAACUUUUGACAUUGUGUUUGACGACAAGACUGCCAACCUGAGCCUGAAUGCUUACAUUCAAGCCAUCCAAGGCUGUGAAGAUAGGCCUACAAACCAAGAUUUCUGCGAGGCAGACACGAUAAUCGAGGCUAAGAUGACAAUUACGUUCGAGGGAACGAUUGACUCUUAUCAUUCAGAUGAGCUGGAAACCAAUGGCUCCAAGCCUUCUUGGCUCAAGACAGUUGGCUUCAACAACAGUACCAAAACAACUGGAAAUAGUACUACUGGCAGCGGCAACAGCGACAAGAAGAAUGCCUCCAGUGGUCGUCAAUACCCGAGCGCAUUCCCACUUGCCGCCGGCAUCAUCGCAGUUCUAUUUUCUUCUCUGUACAUUUAGCCGCAACACAAUACAGUACUCAAUGCGAUCGCCAAAUAUUUGUCCUUCUUGGACGCCUCCCGCGUCAGCUUAAGACAAACUACUCCUUUAUUAUAUUGAAGCGCCUUCCAAAGUAAAGCUGUUCCACGCUCUUUGGACUCCGGCAGAGACUAUAAGGCACUCUUGUUGCUCCGGCAAUUCUUGUGGUAACAUUAGCCCGGCGUCUAUCAACGACGAGGCCAGUUCUGAUGUCUUUUGAGGCACAGAAAAGCAUCCACGGUGCAAUGGAGUGGCCUCUGUGGUUAAAAUGCAGCCCAGAGUUGAAUAAAAGCCCAUUUUGCGGACAAGGGGUUUGAUAUCUUCGAUCGCCCUGAGGUUACGAUAAUGACGGUCUCGUCCGUACCCAGAGAUCAGAGCCAAGGGAAGUGUUGCUCUGAGUAGCUUGUGAUGACACCAAGUCCUGAAUUGAACACAAUUCGGUAUGCAAGAUCUGGAACUCGGCCCUUGACCAUCCAAUUAUCGCAUUUGUUUUCAUUUUCCCCGACUUUACCUUCAAAGUCAAAGCCCAUUCCGAUCUGAGUUACGGACAAGAUUUAUGACAGAUAGCCUAUUCGCAUUGUAAUAGAAGUCAGGGAACUUCUCAACCGUGAAUGUACAAGGAAUUACUUCGUCUCAUAUUGAAGAUGUUGAAUUCGGAUGCUUUGGAAACGGAUUGAAACUUUGGCAGGAAAAAUACACAUAAAGAUGCGAGGGUCAAACAAUUUCAAAGGUAG